AUGGCGUUGGGCAUGGCUUUCGGCAUGAACACGGGCUACGCUGUGAACCCUGCGCGUGACUUGGGUCCACGCAUCUUCACGGCCAUCGCCGGCUGGGGCUCCAAGGUCUUCACCAUUCGAAACUACUACUUCUGGAUCCCGCUCGUCGCCGACUCUCUGGGCGGAGUGUGCGGCGCAGGUCUGUACCGCGUCUUAGUGGAGAUGCACCACCCGCAGCCUCAGCCAGAGCUAGUGUAG